UAUCAAACAUUCAUUCAUAAAAAUGGCUUUCUUUGCUAAGAAAUCAAAACUUUUCGUGCUAAUGAUCAUUCUUCUUAUUUGUUCUUCCCAUGCGAAUGAUCAGAUCCCCCAAGUCAGGAAAGGGGAUCGUAAAUUGCUUGGCAUUGCUAAAGUAGUAGGUUCUCUUGUAAAGGGAGUGCGUAAAGGUGUGGAUGAUACUACCAAGCCUGCAGUUAAAAAAGUGCCAACUACAAAGCCUGCAGAUAUUACUGCAAAGAACAUAGGGGAAAGCGGAGUAGGGAAGGGAUUUGGAACAGGCUUUCGCUUAGGGUGGAACAGAGGAAAAUGGUAUUAUCGAAUGGAGGAAAGGUGUCAAAAAUAUCAAAGCUUGUUGAAUUGUAUCCCUGCUUCUCCAGCUUGCCAUGCAACUUCAAGGAGUUGCUUCGUCGAAGUUAUUGAAAACACAAGAAUGGUUGAUUACUGCCGGGAGGACUGUGAGCCUACCUUGCCAACACGCACCCCUUGCACUUAUCAUCAUGGUGUUUUUUAUUUGGGAAGUACCAAGCUCUCGCUAGAUGAUGCUCGCACCCGUUGUCAGGUUGUAUAAGUACUAGAAUGCUCCG